CGGCGAACGACUCGAAAGAAGAAGAAGGGCCGGACGUAGCCUCCACUUUGAGUGGUUUGCUAUCCGGACUUCCGACCCUCGCGGGUCCCCAACGCUUCGCCAAUUCCCUCCGGCAAAAAUUCGCCACCAAUUCCGGUUACCCCUGGCCCGGCCUGAUGCGCGCUCCAGGAGCACGAGAUGAUAUUGCUUAGCUAAUCAAGAAAACACUUAUCAAGGUCCUCUUGAUUUUAAUUAUCAGAAAAGAAAAAUCCCCCCCCAAAAAAGGAGAAAAUCAGAGUAUAAAGAUGGAUACGAAUAUUCCUUUGAUAAACAUCAGCAUUAGGGAGCUGAAGGAGAUGAUCUUUGAGAAGCUCGAGGAACCAAAAGCUCAACGUAAAUUGAUCCUCGUGAUUGUUUGCAUAGCGCUACUUUUGGACAACAUGCUCUAUAUGGUGAUUGUGCCUAUAAUACCGGAUUAUUUAAAGUACAUCGGUGCCUUUGGCGAUGACAGUGAUUACGCGAAUUCAACAGUACCGGGCGAGCAUCAUGGACAGGAUCAAGCAACAGGUGUACUAUUCGCCUCGAAAGCAAUAGUUCAAUUGCUCGUGAAUCCAUUCUCAGGUGCACUAAUCGACAAGAUCGGCUACGAUCUACCAAUGUUGGUGGGACUGACAAUUUUAUUCCUCUCAACGGCACUCUUCACAUGCGGACGUAGUUAUGGUGUUCUGUUCUUUGCCCGGAGUCUUCAGGGUGUGGGUUCUGCAUUCGCUGAUACAGCGGGUCUUGCAAUGAUUGCCGAUCGUUUCACUGAGGAGGCGGAGAGAACGAAAGCACUUGGCAUUGCGUUGGCAUUCAUAAGUUUUGGCUGUUUGGUUGCACCGCCAUUUGGGGGUUCGUUGUAUCAGUUCGCUGGCAAGGAGGUGCCGUUCUUGAUACUUGCUUUUGUGAGUCUCGCCGAUGGAAUGAUGUUAUUGCUGGUGAUGAAGCCGAUUAAGGAGCAGAUUACCCAGAGUCAGAGGGAUAAACCGCCGAGUAUUCCAAUUUGGAAACUGCUUUUGGAUCCUUAUAUUGCGGUGUGCGCUGGUGCUUUGAUGAUGUCGAAUGUUGCUCUGGCUUUUCUUGAACCCACGAUUUCGCUGUGGAUGACGGAUCAUAUUACGCAUGAUAAUUGGAAGAUGGGAAUGAUUUGGUUGCCUGCUUUUGUGCCGCACGUGUUGGGAGUGAUAAUAACGGUGAAAAUGGCGAAAAAGUACCCGCAGCAUCAGUGGUUGAUGGCGGCUGGUGGUUUGGCUUUGGAGGGUCUUUGCUGCUUUUUGAUUCCCUUCUCGACAUCGUACAAAAUGCUUAUGAUUCCGUUGUGCGGUAUUUGUUUUGGAAUUGCACUCAUUGACACGGCUUUGCUGCCGACGCUCGGCUAUCUGGUGGACGUGAGAUAUGUCUCGGUUUAUGGGAGUAUUUAUGCGAUUGCUGAUAUUUCGUACAGCGUUGCCUAUGCAGUGGGACCGAUUAUUGCCGGCGGUGUGGUGGAGGCUAUUGGAUUCACGGCACUUAAUUUCCUGAUUGCCUUCAGUAAUCUUCUGUAUGCGCCGGUGCUGUACAAUUUGAAGCACAUCUAUGACUUCAAGCCAUUUCAGGACGAGGCGAAUGUUCUCAUGCAGGACCCACCUGACAAGGAGUAUCAGACUUAUGCUCUGCAGGAGCAGAGGCCAAUAACGGGCGAAGUGGGCAAUCAUUUGACGCAGGGACGAAUGGAGACGAACAUCGAUCAGGAUCCAAAUUAUCAGAGUACACAGUACAAUCAAACUGGUUACACUCAGGAUUAUCAACAACAAUCUGGUGGUUACAAUCAAGCCGGACAGAGUUAUUCCUACGAGCAGCAACCAUCCGGUUAUGAAGAGUCUGCCACGUAUGGAGGACAGAGAAAUUACAGUCAACAGGAAUCACAUCAAAGGGGACAACAACAGCAACAACAACCGGAGGUGAAUCCAUUUAGGAAAGCACAGGAACAGGAUUCCAGGCCAUCUGGUGAUAGUAAUCCAUUCAGAGCCGGAAUGUUCCAGUAAAUUAACCAUUAGUGAUGAGUCUUCUAAUAGACCACUUUUCCGACUGUUACCAAAAAAAUAUUCGCUACAGGACCAAAUCGAGGUCCUAGACUAGUCUUCAAGGCAGGCUUCCAAAAAAAAUCGUUCACAAAAAAACGCUAUCGCGAUUUCCGUGAAACACAAGUGCGCGAUUUCUGGUUUCACUUGAAAACUUAAUGUUUUCGCUUGCAAAAAUCUUUUUUUUAUUUGCCUAUUAAUAAUCGUGUGUCGUGAAUUUGUGAUGUGCAUGGAAAAAAAGGAGUCGAUGAGAAUAGAAGGUUGUGACGAUGAAGACAUCAAGGAUUAUUGUGAUUUAUUAACAAUAGUGUUUUUGCGAGUGCGAGUUUAGGUGAUAAUUAUAAUAAUAAAGAAAAUAUUAAUAAAAAUAAUAUUAAUAUUAAUAAUAAUAAUAUUAAUAAUAAAAAUAAUGAUAAAAAUAAUAAUAAUAGUAAAUAAAUAAAAUAAUAAACAUCGGGAUCGAGAAGAAGAGCCGAUCCGGAACAAAAAUGAAUUCAACAAAUUAUCAAGAAUUCCGAAAAAAGUGGAAAUUAGAUUUUUGUUCGGGACUAUUUUUUCCCCCCUUAAGGAGUGCAAAGUAAAAAAUUCGGAAAAGAGGAAAAGUGGUAUGAAUUUAAAGUGUAAAAAUUUAAAAAUGAGUCGAAUUAUAAAAAAAUUUGAAUGAAAAAGAAUUUUUUAAAUUGAGUCAAAUUAUAAAAUUACUAACAAAACGGAAAGAAUAAAAUUUCUCCAUUCAAAGUGUAAAAAAUGAAUCGAGUUAUAAAAUUUGUAUGAAACAUAAUUUUUUUAAAUUGAGUCAAACUAAAAUUAACAAAGCAACAGACAAAAAUUUUUAAAUUGAGUCAAAUUAUAAAAUUACUAAAAGAACGACAAAAAAAUUAAAAAUCAAGUCAUAAAAUGAAUGAAACUAGAGAAAUAAAAAUUUUAUAAAUUGAGUCA